AUGCUGCUCCUGGUGACGGUCGGCAUACUCCUCUUGGUUGGUGGCGGCAGUGCCGCCGGAUGCGACAGAGCAGCCGUGCUGUCUUUCGACGCUAAUAAGUAUCAGGGCGUGUGGUACGAGAUCGCCAGGUUGGGAGAGGCUCCGUUCGAGGAGGGCGGCCAGUGCGUCACGGCGGAGUACACAGUGGCUGGCGACAACAACGUGACCGUACACAACAGACUGUUCAGCACAUCUACUGGGGCCUUCAACGACAUCAUCGGCUGGGCCGAGUGGGACGACCCUGACUCCGGAGAGGCCAAAUUCACGGUGCACUUCCCAGGGGUAACAGAGAACUCAUGGAUCCUGUCACGGGGUGCCCAGCUGAAAGCAGAGCAGGAGCAGCAGGUGAAUGACAAGCUGGAGGCCCUGGGUCUGACACGGAGCCGCUACACAGACACUCCACAGGAUCCACAACAGUGCACUGUCAGAGUUAGCAAAUGCGACAAGGCCGUUGUCACCGAGUUUGAUACUUCUCAGUAUCAGGGCGUGUGGUAUGAGAUCGCCAGGUUGGGAGAGGCUCCGUUCGAGGAGGGCGGCCAGUGCAUCACGGCGGAGUACAGAGUGGCUGGUGAGAACAACGUGACCGUACACAACAGGCUGUUCAGCACGGCAUCGGGUACCUUCAACGACAUCAUCGGCUGGGCCGAGUGGGACGACCCUGAAUCCGGAGAUGCCAAAUUCACGGUACACUUCUCAGGGGUACCAGUGACAGGUCCUUAUUGGGUCCUGGAUACUGACUACAAGAGCUAUUCAAUUGUCUGGGCCUGCAGGGAGCCUACAGACGAAACUUCCAACAUUACAGAGAACUCAUGGAUCCUGUCACGGAGUGCCCAGCUGACAGCAGAGCAGGAGCAGCAGGUGAAUGAAAAGCUGGAGACACUGGGUCUGCCGAGGAGCCGCUACACAAACACCCCACAGGACCCACAACAGUGCAAUGUCAGAAUCAGCACGUGCGACAAGGCCGUUGUCCCCGAGUUUGCUACUUCUCAGUAUCAGGGCGUGUGGUACGAGAUCGCCAGAUUGGGAGACGCUCCCUUCGAGGAGGGCGGCCAGUGCAUCACGGCGGAGUACACAGUGGCUGGUGAGAACAACGUGACCGUACACAACAGGCUGUUCAGCACGGCUGCGGGGGCCUUCAACGACAUCAUCGGCUGGGCCGAGUGGGACGACCCUGACUCUGGAGAGGCCAAAUUCACGGUGCACUUCCCAGGUGUACCAGUGACGGGUCCGUAUUGGGUCUUGGACACUGACUACGACAGCUACUCAAUUGUCUGGGCCUGCAGGGAGCCUACAGAUGAAACCUCCAACAUUACGGAGAACUCAUGGAUCCUGUCACGGAGUGCCCAGCUGACAGCUGAGUUGGAGCAGCAGGUCAAUGACAAGCUGGAGGCACUGGGUCUGCCACGGAGCCGCUACACUGACACUCCACAGGACCCACAACAUUGCACUGUCAGAGUCAGCACAUGCGACAAGUCCGCUGUCACCGAAUUUGAAAUUUCUAAGUAUCAGGGUGUGUGGUACGAAAUCGCCAGGUUGGGAGAGGCUCCCUUCGAGGAGGGCGGCCAGUGCAUCACGGCGGAGUACACAGUGGCUGGCGACAACAACGUGACCGUACACAACAGACUGUUCAGCACAUCUACUGGGGCCUUCAACGACAUCAUCGGCUGGGCUGAAUGGGACGACCCUGAUUCUGGAGAGGCCAAAUUCACGGUGCACUUCCCAGGCGUACCAGUGACGGGUCCCUAUUGGGUCUUGGAUACUGACUACGAGACCUAUUCGAUUGUCUGGGCCUGCAGGGAGGCUACAGAUGAAACCUCCAACAUUACAGAGAACUCAUGGAUCCUGUCACGGAGUGCUCAGCUGACAGCAGAGCAGGAGCAGCAGGUGAAUGACAAGCUGGAGGCCCUGGGUCUGACGAGGAGCCGCUACACUAACACCCCACAGGACCCACAACAUUGCACUGUCAGAGUCAGCACAUGCGACAAGGCCGUUGUCACCGAGUUUGAUACUUCUCAGUAUCAGGGCGUGUGGUACGAGAUCGCCAGGUUGGGAGACGCUCCCUUCGAGGAGGGCGGCCAGUGCAUCACGGCGGAGUACGCGGUGGCUGGUGAGAACAACGUGACCGUACACAACAGACUGUUCAGCACAUCUACUGGGACCUUCAACGACAUCAUCGGCUGGGCCGAGUGGGACGACCCUGACUCUGGAGAGGCCAAAUUCACGGUGCACUUCCCAGGUGUACCAGUGACGGGUCCCUAUUGGGUUCUGGAUACUGACUACGAGAGCUACUCAAUUGUCUGGGCCUGCAGGGAGCCAACAGAUGAAACCUCCAACAUUACAGAGAACUCAUGGAUCCUGUCACGAAGCGCCCAGAUGACAGAAGAGCAGGAGCAGCAGGUGAAUGACAAGCUGGAGGCGCUGGGUCUGACACGGAGCCGCUACACAGACACCCCACAGGACCCACAACAGUGCACUGUCAGAGUCAGCACAUGCAACAAGCCUGCUGCCACGGAAUUUGACACUUCUAAGUAUCAGGGCGUGUGGUACGAGAUCGCCAGGUUGGGAGAGGCUCCCUUCGAGGAGGGCGGCCAGUGCAUCACUGCAGAGUACACAGUGGCUGGCGACAACAACGUGACCGUACACAACAGACUGUUCAGCACAUCUACUGGGACCUUCAACGACAUCAUCGGCUGGGCCGAGUUGGACGACCCUGACUCUGGAGAGGCCAAAUUCACGGUGCACUUCCCAGGUGUACCAGUGACAGGUUCCUAUUGGGUACUGGAUACUGACUACGACAGCUACUCAAUUGUAUGGGCCUGCAGGGAGCCUACAGAUGAAACCUCCAACAUAACGGAAAACUCGUGGGUGCUCUCGCGGACGAGUGACAUGUCUGAGGAGCUGACGCAGCAAGUGGAUGCUAAGCUGGAGGAACUGGGACUCCCUCGCAGCCGGUACACAGACACGCCUCAGGACUCCAACGGCUGCCAAGUUGAAGAGGACAGCGACGAUGGCGCCGCUGCGCUGGGCCCUGCGGUCGCACUCAUGCUGGCCACCACCAUCGCACUGCUCUUCUCCCUGUGA